GUCGCGGGUUGCUGCCUUCACAGUCGGCGCCAUAUUGGUAUACUUCUCCAUCGUAGAAUUACAGGAUAGGUAAAAGGAAACGGAGAGCCUUGCGGGCUCGUAUAUUUCACUUGUUGGAGGGAACUCGCAUCAAUUCAGCACCAUGGAUGCGGUGAAAGCUUUUAACAACGAGUUGUACUCGUUGACUGACUAUAAGCCACCGAUUUCCAAGGCCAAGAUGACACAAAUUACAAAGUCUGCAAUUAAGGCUAUAAAGUUCUACAAACAUGUCGUACAAAGUGUGGAGAAGUUCAUUCAAAAGUGCAAACCAGAAUAUAAGGUUCCUGGGUUAUAUGUCAUCGACUCUAUCGUGAGACAGUCACGCCAUCAAUUUGGCCAGGAAAAAGAUUUGUUUGCACCCAGAUUCAGUAAAAACAUCCUUAAUACCUUCCAGAACUUGUACCGGUGUCCCUCAGAUGAAAAGAGUAAAAUCGUGAGAGUGCUGAAUUUAUGGCAGAAAAACAAUGUCUUUAAAAGUGAAAUCAUACAACCUCUCCUAGACAUGGCAGCUGGAUAUUCUGCUCGAAGUAUUACCCCUGUCCUUUCUGGCUCAUCUGCAGUGAACACGAGUACUCCAGGUAAAAAGAAACGAGAUGAAUUCCCUGUGGCUGACUGGCUUAACAGAUAUGCUUAUCCUGUUCGCUGCACUCCUGAGGAUGUAACCGGCCCAGAAAUCACAUCUAAAAGCAUUGCAUCAGGAACUCCAGUUACACCAGCCACUCCAGCGCAAGUGGUACAGGGAAUACCAGAUGCUUGGGUCUCGCACAUUAAUAACAGUGACACGCUUGCUGCCGUAGCACAGCUUUUGCAAAGUCCCCAGGGCCAGCAGCUUCAGCAGUUGAUCCAGUCAAUACAGGUGCAACAACAAAAAUCACAGCCAUCGCUACUCCAAGCAUUAGAUGCAGGUCUUGUGGUUCAAUUACAAGCUCUCACCGCACAACUCACUGCAGCUGCUGCAGCAGCAAAUACGUUCAACCCACUUGAGCAAGGUGUAAAGAAGCUCUUUGAAUUUAUUGAAGAACCAGAGCGGGCUGAAGAAUCUAAACAGGAUGCAUCCACCUCACAGAUACCCCUUGUAGCAGAGACUGUAAAUAAUUCGAUUUUGCAACAACUAGCUGAACAGUUACAACAGCAGAACUUUGAGCAGCUCCGGCAGCAGUUAUUAGAACAGCAGCAGCAACAGCAGCAACAACAGCAGCAACCUCCACAGGAUGUAUUAUUUGGUCAUGAAGGAGAAUUUGGCUCAGAACGUUCGGCAAGCCCUUCACAAGCUAGUAGUCAUCAACUUCAAGAAAUGGUGGUCACUGCAAAUGAUUCCAGAGAUAUUCAGCAGCAGGACAUGGAUAUUGAUGGACAAGACACUCCUGAAGAAGAGGAGGAGGAGGAAGAAGAGGAAGAGGAGGAAGAAGAGGAGGAGGAAGAAGAAGAGGAGGAGGAAGAGGAGGCAGAAGCAUCUGAACCAGAAGAAAAGAAGCCAGCAGUUCGUCCACGAUCAAGGACAAGUUCAAGAUCUCGAUCCAGGUCUCCUAAAAAAAGACGAUCCAGAUCCAGGUCUGGCUCCCGAAAGCGUAAACACAGAAAAAGAUCACGCUCAAGAUCAAGGGAGCGGAAACGAAAAUCUUCACGGUCAUACUCCAGUGAGAGGAGAGCAAGGGAAAGAGAAAAAGAACGUCAGAAGAAAGGAUUACCUCCCAUCCGAUCCAAAACUCUGAGUGUAUGCAGCACAACACUUUGGGUUGGCCAAAUAGAUAAGAAGACCACACAGCAGGAGCUGACCAAUCUGUUUGAAGAAUUUGGACAAGUUGAAGCAAUCAAUAUGAUUCCACCUCGAGGUUGUGCCUAUGUCUGCAUGGUUCACAGACAAGAUGCAUAUCGUGCACUACAAAAGCUGAGUGGAUCUUUCAAAAUUGGGUCCAAAGUUAUUAAGAUCGCAUGGGCUUUGAAUAAAGGUGUAAAACAAGAAUACAAACAGUUUUGGGAUGUUGACCUGGGCGUAACGUUUAUACCAUGGGAAAAAGUUAAAAUUGAUGAUUUAGAUGGCUUUUCUGAAGGAGGCAUGAUUGACCAGGACACAGUUAAUAGUGAGUGGGAGGCUCAGAAGGCUUCUGAGCCUGUCAAAGAAGUCGUUACCCAAAGCACAACUUCUGAUACUAAUACAUUUGUAACGACCCAAGCAGAAGCCUAUACACCUUCAGUCACCAUGUUGCAGAUUCCAGUGGCUCAGGCUGUUCCAGGAGUUGGUCUAGUUCCACCAACUUUCCCAAUGGCAAUGUCAAUCCCUCCCCCAACUUUUAAUCCUGCUAUCCCACCUCCACCAUUUCUACGGACUGGCUUUGCUCCUACACAGCCACCUCCUGGUUUUAUACCACCUCCAGUUAUGCCUCCUGCCCUUCCUCCUCCUAUCCCAUCUCUGCCGCCACCAACACUGGUUCAGCCCCCGAUGUCAACUGCUCAGACUGGUCUUAUUCUUCCAAUGAGUUCUGUUCCUGUUCCAGCUUCAGUUGCCCCACCAAGCAUUCCAGGUGGUGGAAUGUUUAGUCCUACAGCAAGCAGCCAGGAGUCAGAAAGUAAAUUGCCACAACUGGCAGAUAGCCAGCCUUCAACCACUGAAAGUCUGACAGACUCUGUAACCAAGAAUGAGAGUACAGCUGCUAGUGCUAUUCUGAUACCAUCUCCAGCAACAGGAGCCCCUCCUCUGCCAACUUCAACUAGUUCUGCUUCAAGGAUGCCUGGUCCAUUUCCAGGGAUGAUGAUGCCUCCCUCACCUGUAAUGCGGUUUCCACCUGUGAUGCCACCUGGGCUGCCACCUGGAGUGCCACCUCCACCACCACCACCUCCUCCUCCACCGAGUGCCCCUCCAUCUGUAUUUGACUCAUCCUUUUCAACAGGAGAUCCCUUCAGUAGACCAGAUGAAGGGUUCAGUAGACAAGUGGCCCAGGGAAAUGAUAAUAUUUCUAAUGCUGAAGAAAAAAAUGAAACUAUUAAUGACAGCAUAAAGCAGGAAGGGGACAGAGAUUAUCGUUUCCCCCCUCCUGUUGAAAGUAGGGAAAACCUUGCUAAUCUGUCUGCAGAAGUAAUGGAUAGUCAGAGCAGGCCAGCAAUGGAGGUUAGGGAUGCUAUGGUUCCACCGUCUAUAGAUAUAAAAGAUACCUUUACGACAUCAGUGGAAGUAAAGGAUGCUUUUAAUAGACCUGCAGAUGAUGUCAGAGAUCCCUUUGGCAGACAAGCAGGAGAGAUCAGUGAUAUGUUUUCUAGACCUCCACCAGAAGCCAUGGAUGCCUUUGGUAGACCAUUAGGGGAAGUCAAAGAUUUUUUCAGUAGACCACCAGUGGACAUUAUGGAUGUCUUUGGUAGACUUCCAGGGGAGGGCAGAGAGGCUUUUGGCAGACCUCCAUUAGAGAGCAGGGAUCCUUUUGGGAGACCAUCUGGGGAGCUCAGGGAUGCAUUUAACAGACCAUCAGGAGAGGGGCAGGACAGCUUUGGUAGACUACCAGGGGAGGGCAAUGAUGUCUUUGGUCGACCACCAGGGGAGGGCAAUGAUGUCUUUGGUCGACCACCAGGGGAGGGCAAUGAUGUAUUUGGUCGACCACCAGGGGAAGGCAAUGAUGUUUUUGGUCGACCACCAGGGGAGGGCAAUGAUGUAUUUGGUCGACCACCAGGGGAGGGCAAUGAUGUAUUUGGUCGACCACCAGGGGAGGGCAAUGAUGCAUUUGGUCGACCUCCAGGGGAGGGCAAUGAUGCAUUUGGUCGACCUCCAGGGGAGGGCAAUGAUGCAUUUGGUCGACCGCCAGGGGAGGGCAAUGAUGCAUUUGGUCGACCACCAGGGGAGGGCAGUAAUGCUUUUAUUAGACCGUCAAUGGAAGGUGGAGAUGCUUUUGGUAGACCAUUAGAGGAAAGCAGGGAUACUUUUGGUGGUCCACCAGGGGAGAUGGAUACAUUUCCAAGGCCACCAGAAAUUAGGAAUGCUUUUCCCAGACCACCAGAAGUUGGGGAUGCCUUUCCCAGGCCACCGGAUGUCAGGGAUGCCUUUCCCAGACCAACAGAUGUCAGGGAUGCCUUUCACAGACCACCAGAUUUCAGAGAUGCCUUUCCAAGGCCUCCAGACAUGAGGGAUGUCUUUCCCAGGCCUCCAGAGAUGAGGGAUGUCUUUCCCAGGCCUCCAGAGAUGAGGGAUGUCUUUCCCAGGCCUCCAGAGAUGAGGGAUGUCUUUCCCAGGCCUCCAGACAUGAGGGAUGUCUUUCCCAGGCCUCCAGACAUGAGGGACGUCUUUCCCGGGCCUCCAGACAUGAGGGACGUCUUUCCCGGGCCUCCAGACAUGAGGGACGUCUUUCCCGGGCCUCCAGACAUGAGGGACGUCUUUCCCGGGCCUCCAGACAUGAGGGAUGUCUUUCCCGGGCCUCCAGACAUGAGGGAUGCCUUUCCCGGACCUCCAGACAUGAGGGAUGUCUUUCCCGGGCCUCCAGAGAUGAGGGAUGCCUUUCCCGGGCCUCCAGAGAUGAGGGAUGCCUUUCCCGGGCCACCAGAGAUGAGGGAUGCCUUUCCCGGGCCACCAGAGAUGAGGGAUGCCUUUCCCGGGCCACCAGACGUGAGGGAUGCAUUUCCCAGGCCACCAGACAUGAGGGAUGUAUUUCCCAGGCCACCAGACAUGAGGGAUGUAUUUCCCAGGCCACCAGAUGUCAGAGAUGCCUUUCCCAGGCCACCAGAUGUCAGGGAUACCUUUCCCAGGCCACCAGGGGAGCUUUUGGAUAAUUUUGGUAGAUUACCAGGAGAAGUUAGGGAACCUUUUAAUAGACCAACUCCACAAGAAGAGUGGAAUGUGUUUGGUAAGUCGGGGCAAAACAGGGAUAUGUUUGGUAGACCUUCAGUAGAGGUGAGAGAUGUUUUUGGUAGAUUGCCUGUAGAGGUCAGGGAUACUUCAGCUGGACCACCAGAGGAAUUCAGGGAUGCCUUUGGUAGAAUGUUUGGAGAAGUCAGAAAUGUCUUCAGCAGUCCAGUGAAGGAAAACCGUGAUAUAUUUGGCAGACCUGCUGAAAAGGAAGAAUGGAAUGUCCUUAAUAGACCAUCUGGUGAGGUCCGGGAUAAUUCUGGUAGGCCCUCAAUAGGGAGAGAUUCAGCAAACAGACCAUCAGGUGAAGGUAGAAAUGUUAAUAGACAUUCAGGGGUUGGUAGGGAUGCCUUUAUUAAACAGGGAGAGGUUAGGGAAUCUCAUACUAGCUUUUCAGGGAAAGACAAAGAGCCCCUUAGUAAACAAUUAGAGCUUAUGGAUGCUUUUAGUGGGCCACUAGUGGAGGAAAGGGAUGUCCUUGGUAUGCUGUUAGGUGAAGGCAGGGGAACUCAUAUUAGACCUUUUGGAGAAGGAAGGGAUACCCUGGGUAGACUGCCUGGAGAAGGUGGAUCUCUAUUGGGAAGGCCACCAUUAGAGGGUAGGGAUAGCCAUGGCAGACAGGGAAGAGAACCUUUUGGAAGACCACUAAAAGAACCACUUUUAAAAGAACCCUUGUUAAAAGAGCCCCUUUUAAAAACACCACCAGAACUUGGUAGAAGAGAGCUCUUUGCGUUUGGUCCAAAUCAGCGAUGGGGUCCAAGAGGUGAUUUUGAUGGACGAGAUCAGCCUGGUUUUGCUUUCGGAGGUCCCAGGGGAUUUCAUGAUGGAGAGAGGUUCCCUUUAAGAAACCUCCGAUUUGAUGGUCGUGGUGGUGCAGGUCCUAUGUGGAACAGGGGGUUUGAGCAAGAUACCCACAAAGAUUUAGAUGACCGAAGGCGGCCAUGGGAUAGACAGAGAGAUCGAGAUGACAGACAUUUUGAUGUACGCAGAGACAUGCAUGGUAACAGACUUGGAAGAGAGAAACAGCACGAAAGCCGGUUUGUAGGUCAGUCACAAGAACUUCAUAUCUCCAAAGAAACUGCUGAUCAGGAAGGUAAAGGUGAUUUGGCACAAAUAAAUGGUGAAAACACCAAGGCAUUUAAGUCUGAAAAUGAAAAUCAUCAUGAUCAGCGGAUGGAAAUGCAAGUGAGUAAAAGUCCAGUACUGACUCCAAAACUUGCAUCUUUGGACAGUAAAACUGAAAGCAUCGAACCACAGCCUGCUGUAAAAAGUCAACCUGUGGUAGAAAGCACAGAAACUGAGGGGACAUAGUCAUCACUCAGUAGGUAAACGAUACAUUUUGUAAAGUUGUAAUCUUUCUCUGUAAUAGGUGAAUGGCUGACUGGACUGUAAUAGUUUACAGUAGUUUGCCAUGAUUAAUUAUCUGAUGUUCAUUCACGUAAAUAAGUGUACAACUAACUUGUAUAGACUGUUAAGUUGAAUUUGGUAGUAACUAUUUUUAAUUUCCUUGAAAAACGGACACUGUCCCAGGUUUGCUUUUAAUUUGACUAAAUAUUCCAUACUGGCUUGCCAAAAAUUACCUUCCUAUGGAAGAAAGUAUGUUGCAGAAGUUUCCAGUUGGUUGAAUGAGUGUGGGGUAAAUAUAAACAGCAGGUGCCUGUUUCAUCCACUAUCUUUGGCUGAUGCAAAAUUUUAAAAUGAUGUAGUUGAAGCUAUUGUUUUAUGUUUUUACCUUUUGGCAAAAGAAAAAAAAAAUGCCCUGGUAAAACAAGGAGCACAGUAUCAAGGUAUGGAAAAUGUAAUUUUGUAAAAAAAAAAAUAUAUAUAUAUAUAUAAUAUACAUUAUGAUCUCUGUUAUCCCCAAAGUGUCUGUGAUUUGUUCCUCGUACUGCAGUGAGUUAAAAAAAAAAGUGAGUUUGAAUGUUGGGUGCAUUCUGUUUUUAGAUGCUAAUAAAAUACUUGUUUGAUAACAA